AUGAGGCUCCAAUAUGAGGGCCACGCGUUCUGUUGCAGAAAAGGAAAAGUCAAGAUAGCUACCCCUGAAGUUCCUCAAGAGUUGCGCCGGUUGUUUACAAGUCAGGUUGAUGCUGAUGCUAAAUACUUCAGGAAGCACAUACGAUAUUUUAACACCCACUUCUCCUUCACAAGGCUUGGAGUCACCCUUGAUAAGACGGUGAGCACAGCGGCGAGAACCGGUGUGUAUACAUUUGUAGCACAAGGGGCAAUGUAUUAUAAGAUGGACGAUCUGGUGCCUGGUGGUCAAGGACCUAGACAUCUCCAGCUCUACUUCUAUGAUACAGAUGAAACCUUGGAACAUAGAGUGAAGCGGUCUCCAGAUCUUGAUAUCAAUAUCAUACGAAAGAUUCUGGAGAUACUAGAGGACAACCCAUAUGUGCAGACCUUUAAGAGCAUUGGAUCCGUUCCGAACCUGGAAGAAUAUAGGAUAUCCCUUAACACAGAUAUAAGACUGGACCAGCGAAGGUACAAUGCCCCCACAGCUUCCCAGGUUGCAGCGAUGUGGGUUGAAGGGAGUGACCCACAGAACACUUUUGAUAGGCAAGUUGUCCUGUAUGGCAAAGGGGACCGUCCUAUAUUUAUUAGAGCUUACUAUGGUUGCUAUGAUCCUUUGGCGUAUCCAUUAUUUUUCCCGAGAGGGGAGACGGGAUGGAACCGCUGGAUACCAUAUGAGACACCACCUAAAGUCGCUCAAGACGACAACGACGAUGACAUCGAGCGUGAAGACUUGCAAGGUCUAGCUCGGAGUUCAAAUGAACAUCUCGAACAAAACACAGAUGACGUAGCAGAUGAUGAAGAGGACCUCGAUGAUGAUGCAACCGGAGGGUCGAGAAAAUUUGUCAGCGCAAGGGAGUACUACUGCUUCAAGCUACAAGUCAGAAAAGGACUUUUCAACAUUAUAUUGUUCGGUGCACGUGGGUUCCAGCAAUGGGCAGUCGACAUGUACAUCAAGAUGGAGACUAUGAGACUUGAUUUCUUCUCUGAUCCUAAGAAUCAAAAACGCAUUCGUGCUGAUCUAUACCAGGGUGUUGUUGAUGUCAUGGAUGCUGGAGAGACACGUGGUUGUCGGGUUGGUAAGAGAAUCGUGCUUCCCAGGACUUUUCCAGGAGGAGAUAGAGACAUGCAGCGAAGAUUCCUUGAUGCGAUGGCGAUAGUCCAACGGUUCGGGAAGCCUGAUUACUUUAUCACAAUGACUUGCAACCCGCACUGGGAGGAGAUUACAUCCAGACUUGAACCCGGGCAGACACCACAAGACCGUCCAGACCUUGUGGCGAGAGUAUACAGGGCCAAAUUGCGAAGUAUGAAGGAUCUCUUGAUAAAAAAAAAAUACUUUGGUGAUGUUGUUGCAUAUGUCCAUGUUACCGAGUUUCAAAAGAGGGGGCUGCCACACGAGCACAUGCUUCUCAUCAUGAGCUCGGAUAGCAAGCUAACAAACCCAGACGGAUACGACAAGGUGAUAUCAGCAGAACUUCCUAACAAAGACAAGUACCCUUUUUGUGAUGCCACUCAACAAGGAAAGGACUCAUAUCCUAUCUAUAGGAGGAGGCACGAUGGUCAUCAAGUGAAGGUCAGAAGAGCAGAGCUGGAUAAUAGAUGGGUUGUCCCAUACAACCCCGAGUGCCGCUUAUGCGUCGAUCCAGCGGUAGAGAAUGAUGGUCAAGUAAUCAAUGAGAUCAAACAAUAUAGGGAUGCUAGGUUCGUGGGGCCACAGGAGUCUAUCACCAGGAUUUGCGGUUUCCCAAUGUUCGGUGUCUCUCCCUCUGUUCUCCAACUGCAACUUCAUUUGGAAGAUAUGCAGCCUGUCACAUUCAGAGAUGGCGAUAAUCUUGAUGACAUCAUCAACCGGCCGUCUUCUUCCAGUACCAUGCUCACAGAAUUUUUGAAGAUGAACCUGGUGGAUCCUUUUGCGAGGAACUUCUUGUACAAAGAGUUCCCAGAAUUCUACCGGUGGAUCAAGGGUGAGAAGAAGUGGCAGAAAAGAAAAUUAAAGGGGCGGGGGCAGAUUGGAAGAAUUGUCUAUGCGCAUCCUGCUGAAGGUGAGAGGUACUUCCUUAGAGUGCUCAUGAAUCAUGUGAGAGGUGCAACAUCAUUUGAGGAUUUGAAAUGUGUAAAUGGCAGGCCUUGCUUGACUUUCAGAGAAUCAUGUGAGCGAAGAGGUCUCAUAGAGACCGACAAGUCAAUUGAUGAUUGUUUGAGCGAGGCAGCUACUUUCCAAAUGCCUUAUGCUCUGAGAAGGCUUUUUGCAACUAUUCUGGUGUUCUGCGAGGUCACCCAAAUCCGAUCACUGUGGGAGAAGCACCUUGAGUCAAUGUCUGAGGACUACCGUCGUAACCAGCCCAACCAGGCCGCACUAGAGCAGAUGGUCCUUAGAGACAUUAGGGAUCUGGUGCAUUCCAUGGGAAAAGAUAUUAGCAGUUACGGACUCCCGGAUUUGGAUCUGGUGGAUGAUGAGUGUUCGAAUGGAGAUUCCAGAGAGGUACAAGAGGAGUUGUCGGUUACUUUUGACAAAGAUGACAUAAACAUGUUUACAUCUCUUAACAAAGAGCAGCGUGCUGGUUUUGAUGAAAUCCUCUCUCAUGUUCUCAACAAAAGGAGCCAGAUUUUCUUUGUUGAUGGUCCGGGUGGCACGGGGAAGACAUAUCUAUACAAAGCACUCCUUGCGAAGGUGCGUUCCCUAGGUCAGAUAGCUAUUGCUACAGCUACAUCUGGCAUAGCGGCAUCGAUCAUGCCUGGUGGGCGCACCGCCCAAGGUCAACUGCCAGAGGCGACGGUGCGGGUGUCGCAGGAGGUGUCGCAGCUGGGGACGGCGUGGCGGCAGGAUCCGAAGCCGCGGCAGAAGAACCGUCCAAGGCAGGCUGCUGUGAGUCCGGGGCAGACGAAGUCUCUGCCGCGGCAGGAGAGACUGCACGAUCGGAUGCAACCGAGCUGGAGGGCGUGCGAGGAGAGCCCAAGUCAGGAGCAGCAGUGUCAUCGCCAGAGUUACCUGCAUCAGAGGAACUGCUAG